AUAUCCACACAGUGCAACCUCGCUGGUCGUAUUCUUUGCCCCAGCUUCCUCUCUCCCUACUUCGGCUGCCUCUUUCCACUCAUUUCUCGGAGCAACCCAGUUGAGACCCGGUCGGAUGCCCGUGGAAGCCCGUGUCCCAGCACGCCCAGGGAACAUCUUCAGUCAAAAAAUUCCAGACGGACCUGAGGAAAUCUGUGAGGCACGUUUGGAACGCCUGGCCAACGCUGAGCUGGGUGGAGUCAGACGUCGGGCACUAGUGGACCGUCAGGCGGAAGGCCAGUAGGUCGUUGAGUGUUCAAGCACAUCGGGAGGACAUUUCAGGUAGGCGUGGUGACACCAUGCGGCCCUGGGCGGGUUCAUGGCGUUGGAUCACCCUGGUGCUGCUAGCCUGGGGGACGCUCCUUUUCUACAUCGGUGGCCAUUUGGUGAGGGACAGUGAGCACCCGGAGCGCUCCAGCCGGGAGCUGUCGAAGAUCCUGGCCAAGCUGGAGCGGCUCAAGCAACAGAAUGAAGACCUGAGGCGCAUGGCUGAGUCGCUCAGGAUACCAGAGGGUCAGGCAGAGGCUGGCUCUCUGGCGGCAGGGAGACUGCGCUCUCUAGAGGACCAGCUGACCCGGGCCAAACAGAAGAUCCACACCUUCCAGAAACUGACAGGAGAUGGCCCCGGACCCACUCAGGAAGAGCUGCGGAGGAGAGUGGAUAAUGGCGUCAAGGAGUUUUGGUACUUUGUUCGCAGUGAGGUAAAGAAACUGGCCAACGCUGACGUCAACGAGCGGCAGAAAUAUGCUGACACACUCCUAACGGAUUUGGGAAACCAGGAAAGGUCCAUCAUGACAGACUUGUACUACCUCAGCCAAGCGGAUGGAGUGGGCGAGUGGCGAGUGAAGGAGGCCAAAGACCUGUCGGAUCUGGUCCAGAACAGAAUAACCUACCUACAGAACCCCCCGGACUGCAGUAAGGCCAGGAAGCUGGUGUGCAACAUCAAUAAGGGCUGCGGGUACGGCUGCCAGCUCCAUCAUGUCGUCUACUGCUUCAUGAUUGCUUACGGCACCCAACGUACGCUCAUCCUGGAGUCCCAUAACUGGCGCUACGCCCCCAGUGGUUGGGAGAGCGUCUUCCUUCCAGUCAGUAACAGCUGCACUGACCGCUCCGGUGCCACGACCGGACACUGGUCAGGGGAAGCCCAUGAUAAGGACGUCCAGGUUGUUGAGUUGCCUAUAGUGGACAGCCUUCACCCUCGCCCCCCCUACCUGCCAUUGGCCAUCCCAGAGGACCUAGCCCCGCGUCUGCAUCGCCUUCACGGUGACCCCUCCGUGUGGUGGGUGUCCCAGUUUGUCAAGUAUCUGGUGCGACCCCAGGCUUGGCUGGAGAAGGAGAUUCAGCAAGCUACCGCCAAGCUGGGCUUUAAACACCCCAUCAUCGGUGUCCAUGUGAGGAGGACGGAUAAAGUGGGGACGGAGGCAGCCUUCCACCCCAUCGAGGAGUACAUGCUGCACGUGGAGGAGCAGUUCCGACAUCUGGCCAGACGUGUCCAUGUGGACAAGAAGCGUGUGUACCUUGCUACAGACGACCCCUCCUUGCUGCUGGAAGCCAAGUCCAAGUAUCCUGACUAUGAGUUCAUCAGCGACAACUCCAUCUCGUGGUCCGCGGGCCUUCAUAAUCGUUACACCGAGAACUCACUGAGAGGAGUCAUCCUGGACAUCCACUUCCUGUCUCAGACCGACUUCCUGGUCUGCACCUUCUCCUCACAGGUGUGCCGUGUCGCCUACGAGAUCAUGCAGACCCUUCAUCCGGACGCCUCCUCCUUUUUCUACUCCCUGGACGACAUCUACUACUUCGGAGGCCAAAACGCCCACAAUCAGAUCGCCGUGUACCCUCACCAGCCUCGCAACAGCGAGGACAUCCCUCUGGAGCCCGGCGACGUCAUCGGCGUGGCCGGGAACCACUGGGACGGAUACUCCAAGGGCAUCAAUCGCAAACUGGGCCGCACGGGCCUCUACCCGUCCUACAAGGUCAAAGAAAAGAUCGAAACGGUGAAGUACCCGACGUACCCGGAGGCCGACAAGCUGCUGGAAUCCCACAAGAAAUGAGAACGGAAUACGAUGAACAUCUAAGAGGAUAAAGAGGAGAGAGACUCCGGUUCCUGGGGAAGGAGGCCGCUUUUGUCCAAAAAGAAAGAGGCCUACGAGAAGAAAAGACCUGCACCCGUCGUGGGUGACAGGACUGCACUCGGUGUGUGUGUGUGUGUGUGUGUGUGUGUGUGUGUGUGUGUGUGUGUGUGUGUGUGUGUGUGUGUGAAUGUGUGUGUGUGUGUGAAUGCCGACGUGACGUCACAGGAAGACUUGCACCACUACUCCCUUUGCCUGAUGCGUUCAGGCGGGGUCUGUAGAGUCUGUAGAUUUUAAACAAAACAAAAAAAAAAAACAUUUGAAAGAGAGAAAAAAAAAAAACUGUCUCAGCACAGAGCGGAUCUUUACUGUAAAGACUGAAGCGCCCCAGCUUUGAAAACUGGACAAAAAAGUGUUUUAUUUAAUUCUUUUAAGUGGUUUUGGAUUCUAAACUUGCCUUUUAUGUUUUUGUUUUGUUUUGACUGAAUGUACUGUAUCCUCUUUUUGCCACACUCCCACUUGUUAUUCGCCCUUUUUUUUUUCCCACGUGCAAUUCAUUUCAAUACCACGUUGUGCUUUUAUCAAUUGUAUUUUAAAACGGUCUUAAUCUGUGUGUGUGUGUGUGUGUGUGUUGAACUGCGUGAGUGUGUGUUGCUUUCAAGGGGCCAUGUAAGCGACCUGCCUGGUGCCUGCUUCUUUUUCCCCGCCUCCAGACUCGGUUGUUUGUGUGCCUGGAGGCGACACAGAAGGGUUUUUUGUGUGCGUGUGUACGUGUGUGUGUGUGUGUGUGUGUGUGUGUACUAUACAAUGGAGGAGUGCAGUAGUCCCCAACUGCUCGUGAACAACGGUCAUAUUAUUCGGAAGGAGUGACAUAGCUGAUGAUGCACAUACACAACAAGUAGGGAUGCUCCGAUCAUCUAGGACUGACAUUGGCCGAUAUCGAUCACAUGGGUUAAUUAGUCAUUUUUCUGUUUAUUUAUGACGGGUGCUAUAGGCCAAGGGGGGUGGGGGGGGCAUUUAAAGGGUAAAAAAGUCAGGACAAUCCCAAGGUCCUGAAUCUGGUGUCUUCCACCGCUGAGAAACCCUUAUUUUUUAGUUAUUUGCUUGGACGAGUGGUUAGCGUGCAGACUUCACAGCUAAGAAACCGGAGUUCAAUUCCACCCUCGGCUAUCUCUGUAUGUUCUCCCCGUGCAUGCGUGGGUUUUCUCCGGGUACUCCGGUUUCCACCCACAUUCCAAAAACAUGCUAGGUUAAUUAGCGACUCCAAAUUGUCCAUAGGUAUGAAUGUGAGUGUGAAUGGUUGUUUGUCUAUAUGUGUCCUGUGAUUGGCUGGCGACUAAUCCAGGGUGUACCCUGCCUCUCGCAUGAAGACAGCUGGGAUAGGCUCCAGCCCCACAACCCCCCCCCCCCCCCCAACCCUCGUGAGGAUAAGCGGUAGAAAAUGAAUGAAUGAUUAGGUUUGGCUGCACAGUAGUCGAGUGGUUAGCACACAGGCCUCACAGCUAGGAGACCCGAGUUUUAUCCCACCCUCGGCCAUCUCUGUGUGGAGUUUGCAUGUUCUCCGGGUACUCCGGUUUCCUCCCACAUUCCAAAAACAUGCUAGGUUAAUUAGCGACUCCAAAUUGUCCAUAGGUAUGAAUGUGAGUGUGAAUGGUUGUUUGUCUAUAUGUGCCCUGUGAUUGGCUGGCCACCAGUCCAGGGUGUACCCCGCCUCUCGCCCAAAAGCUUUUUAACGUCCUACCCCAUAAGAUAGUUUCCGUGGUAUGUGUUCGCAGUUAAGUUCCAAACUGUUGUUGUGAUCGGCGGCCGAUCGAUCAGAGCAUCCCUACACGGAGCUGUCGGCUGGCUCGCCAAAAUGAAGCACUCCACUGAUGUCUUCUCUUCAAACGUCCAUUUCCUUUUUUAUUUUUUUUAUUUUUUUUUACUUUGCUGUUUUAAACUAAAGGAGGACAACUGUGUUUAAAAAUGAUAAUGCUCUGUCUUCUCAAAACGCAUAAUUUCAUAACUUAUGUUCCUGGGCAUUGUCUUUGAUGACGACAGAUCAAAUAAAUUUGACAAACCAG